AUGACGAACCCAUUUUCGACGUCAAUGGCUUUUUCGAACGACGACAUGGCAGAAACAGUAUCCUCUGCUCCUCAUUCGCUGGCAGAUAAGACAUCCUCUGAUUUCAAGCUUUGCAAUACCAACAUUGUUAGGAACUAUAAGAGAUCGAGGUUUGACGAGGUCGAGAAUUAUAAACAGGUUGGUCACGUUGGAUCAGGUGGCUACGGAAACUGUUUACUGCUACAAAAUAGGUCCAAUAUGAGUCUGCGCGUCUGCAAGGUUCAAAAGCGGCGCAAGAGCAUCUCGAAACCUCUCGAAAUCGAGAUCCUGCGGAACAUUCUUUACGAUCAUCCUCGAAUCGUGGUUCUCCAUGAAGCGAUCAUGCACACCAACACGAUGCAGCUCUACUUCGACUACUACCCGGGUGGGGAUCUCUUCAAACUCAUGGUCCGCUACUUUGAAGAGUGGCAAGGAGUACCGGAGUCGUUCAUCUGGCAUUGUUUCCUCCAGAUCAGCGAGGGUUUGGCCUAUAUCCAUCACGGUUACGACCGUCGACAACUUGGUGGUCCUCCACCUGAUUCGGAGUGGCAGCCAAUCAUCCAUGGGGACAUCAAGCCAGAAAACAUCUUUCUUGGCCCUCCAACUCCUGACAGCCAUGGCUAUCCAUCGCUUGUUCUUGGCGACUUCGGCCUUGCUACCGUUGAUGAAAACUCCUCUUCUGGGACUUGGAAGUGGCAGCCUCCAGAGAUGCCAGUGACUUCGAAGAAGGCAGAUGUGUGGGGUCUUGGUGCCGUGAUCCACGCGUUGGCGCAUGAUGGACGUCCUCCACUCCGACCCCGUCCAGAAGACGUAACCCCCAAAGCCCUCGUCCACCGCGUCGCCAAACUCCGCUCCAUGGCCGAAGACGCCUCCACCCCCGUCGCGGGCGCCAGUUCCGGCCUCGGCCUCCCCCAGCCCAACAAGCGCGCCCCGGCCAAGCGUGCCCCCCGCACCGCCCCUGCUCCAGCCGGCAAGAAAGCCGCCAACAAGACCCCUAACGUUGCCGGCGCUAAACGCACCGCUGCAGGCACUGUCAAGAAUGGAAAGGGGAAGGGUAAUGGUAACGGUGGAAGCCCGUUGCAGAAUGUGUUCGCUGCGUAUAAUGGCGGUGAGGAUGAAGAGGGGGAGGAGCGGAAGAUGGAGGUGCCGAGCAAGAAGGUCAAGGCUGCUAUCGCUGGUGUGGGGAAUGGGACUGAGGCGCUUGAGGAUGAGAGUGCGGAUGCCGAAGAGGGGGAAGGGGGGGUCGGGCAUGCUUGA